CUAAGACUUGUGAAUUUAAUAUGAAAAUUUCGGCAUCAUUAUAGUGUUUCUAAGUUCAGGGGUAAACAGUGAUUUGUAUUGUUAAUGAACACGCUGUUUUAAAAUUUUUAAAGUGAUUUUAGUUUUACAACUGAUGAGCGAGUCAGAGACAUACUAAAACAAUUUGAAAUGGUAGAGUUGAGACCUAUCUAUCUUCGAAGUCGGUGGAAGUAAUGUCUGAAGUAACGUCUACUCAAGAUAGUUAUGAUCUAAUUGUACUUGGAGGAGGAUCGGGUGGCAUAGCGGCAGCGAAAGAAGCACAAAAUUUGGGAGCCAAAGUAUGUCUUUUGGAUUACGUUACGCCCAGUCCCAGAGGUAACAAAUGGGGUCUAGGAGGUACAUGUGUCAAUGUAGGAUGUAUUCCUAAAAAAUUUAUGCAUCACGCUUCGAUAUUAGGUGACUCUAUAGUCGACGCACAGUACUACGGUUGGGAAAUUCCUGAAUCUAAGAAUAUUUCACUUAAUUGGGAAACUUUAAGGAAAGCUAUUCAUGAUCAUAUCAAAUCAGUCAAUUGGUUAAUAAGAGUUGAUCUUAGAGAUAGGAAAAUCGAAUAUAUUAACGGUUUUGGAGUUUUUGUAGAUGCGAAUACAAUUAGUACAGUCGCAAAGGGAGUAGAACGAAAAUUAGUUGGAAAGUACAUUUUAAUCGCAAUAGGAGGUAGGCCCCGUUAUCCUGAUAUUCCCGGCGCUAUGGAAUAUGGGAUUACAAGCGAUGAUAUUUUCUUUUUAAAGAAUCCUCCUGGUAAAACUUUAGUUGUUGGUGCUAGUUACAUUGCAUUAGAAAGUGCAGGGUUUUUAAAUGGUCUAGGUUACAACGCAACUAUUAUGAUGAGAUCUGUCCCUCUUAGAGGAUUUGAUAGGCAAAUGGCCGAAAUUAUUAAAACAGAACUGGAAGACAGAGGUGUAAGUUUUCUGAAAAAAUGUUUGCCUACCAACAUUGAAAAAUUAGAUGAUGACAAAUUAAAAGUGACCUGGAAAAAUGAUAGUGAUGAAGUUUUUAGCGACAACUUUGAUACAGUUCUCUUCGCAAUUGGAAGGAUGGCUAAGACAAAAGAACUGGAACUAGAAAAUGCUGGUGUCAAGGUUGCAGCAGAUGGUGAUAAAAUAGAUGUUGUAAAUGAACAGACAAAUGUGCCCAAUAUUUACGCUGUUGGAGAUGUUUUAUACAAAAAACCAGAGUUGACGCCUGUAGCCAUACUUGCUGGUAAGUUAUUGGCUAAAAGAUUAUUCUCCAAUUCCACACAAAAUAUGGAUUACGAUACUAUUCCUACAACUGUAUUUACUCCUUUAGAAUACGGCUCAGUCGGCAUGAGUGAAGAAAGAGCAAUUGAGAGAUUUGGUGAAGACAGCCUCGAGAUUUAUCAUGGAUAUUACAAACCAACAGAAUUUUUCAUACCUCAAAGGAGUUAUAGAAAUUGUUAUUUGAAAAUAAUUACAAAAAGAGAAGGUGAUCAGUACGUUCUAGGAAUGCAUUUCAUCGGACCAAAUGCCGGUGAAGUUAUACAAGGAUUCGCCGCUGCAAUGAGGCUCUGCUUAACAUACAAAGAUCUUGUAGAUACGAUAGGAAUCCAUCCUACUAUAGCAGAAGAAUUUAUACGAUUAUCUAUUACCAAGCGAUCAGGAAAAGACCCAAAUCCGUCAGCUUGUUGCAACUAAUUUAGCAAAUAUAGCAAGAUGAUGAAUUUGAAUUUUGGACUGUUCUUCUAUUUAAAGCAUGCAUGCAUAUAAAGCUACAUUCGCGAAAACAUUGUUUUAGGUCUUUCCAAACAAUGAAAAGGUUUCCUUAAAAUAAGAAAAAAGAGUA